CUUUAUUACAAAUUUCAAGUGGAUUGUUAAUCAUCCAAUGAUCCAAUGCAGAUGUUGAUAACAUUGCAUCAUCUUGACAUCUUGUGAUGUUUUGAUCUUGAUCGAAAACAAGGAAGAAAAGAAUUCUUGAUUACAUUGAUGAUUGAUCCUAUCAAAUCACAUACACAAUCUAAAAUGGAUUCACAAAUAUUUCUUCCUCAAGAAAUCAUGCUCGACAUAGCCACACGACUUCCUGCUAAAUCCAUCGGACGAUUCCGUUGUGUUUCAAAACAAUGGAGAAUUCUUCUUUCUCAACCCGAUUUCAUCAAAACCCACUUCAACCAAUUCAAACAAAAUCCGAGUAUUGCAGAAAACAAUUCACUCAUUGCCGUUUCUAAUGAUUCUCACUCCCUUUACUCAAUCAAUUUCAAGAUCAAUCAUGAUCACCACCUGUUCGACGAAAUGACUGUUUGUGCUACCCAGCUUACUUUUGAAGGUAAUUCUUUUUCAUCACACACAGUCAACAUUGAUGAAACUGCUUCUUGCGAUGGGUUAAUCUUGUUUCAAAACAACGAAGAAAAGUUAGUAUUAAUAAAUCCAACUACUAGACUAAUUCAGGAAUUGCCUACUUCAAUUUAUGCUCUUGAUCCUGAAAUUAGUCACACCCUUUAUGGGCUUGGGUAUGAUUCUGUUACUGAUGAUUAUAAAGUUGUUACUUUAUCAUAUUAUGAUCCAUAUUAUUAUGAGGAUUAUGAUGAUGAUGACCCUAAUUGUACUGAUGUGCAUAUCACUGUUUAUUCUGUUAAAAAUGGUACUUGGAAGCAAGCUGGAAGUUCUCCAUAUGAUCAUGCUGUUGCUUAUCCUCUUUCAGGGGUUUAUGUUAAUGGAUGUCUUCAUUGGCUAGCUAAUAAAUCUGUAAAUGAACCUGUUAUUGCUGCAUUUGAUCUACAUGAUGAGAAAUUUCAUGAAGUAUCACCUCCAAAUUGGAAGUGUUCUAGGUCUUUUAUAUUUAAUUAUCUGAUUGCUCUGGGAGAUUGUCUUUGUUUGUAUAUGUCUACUGGUACAUCAACUAAUAUUUGGAUGAUGAAAGAAUAUGGUGUACAAGCGUCUUGGAGUAAGUUUAAUAUUCGUGACAACAAUGAAUCGGAGUUUAGGCUGCUGUGUUUAUUUAAGAAGGAACAACUGGUGUUGUUGAGGGAUGUGGAUGAUGAUUUGAUUGGAAACGACGUGGUGUUGUAUGAUUUAGAAGAAGGAACUUUUAAAGAUUUCAUAGUUCAUGGCAUUUCGAAUAAUUUUUGUGUUGGAGGGGCCUUCUUGGAGACACUUGUAUCACCCUACGCUGCUGGUUUAUAGGCCUUCUUAAGCUCUGGUAUAUUUUACUUGGUAUGCUGUGGAAUUUUAUUAGUCUAAUACGUUUCUUUAGUUUCCUGAAUGAAAUCAAAUAGAAGUACAUAUACUUCGUUUGUUGAAAUAAUA